AUGGGCGAACGAAUUAUCGACUUGACUUCUGAACUGCCCACCCUAUCACCUGAAGACUACUCAGUGUUCAGUGGUCUCCUCGCAAUUUCGGCAUUUAUCGGGCUCUUCUAUGCUUGGAUUGAUUCGAGGAAGAAAGAAAAUAAAUUAGAAAACGAUUCCAUCUCCGAUGAGGAUACCUAUCUCGUCGGCAACCGUUCUAUGUCUGCCUUCCCAGUAGCUCUGUCGCUGACAGCUUCUUUUAUGUCUUCAAUCACGGUGAUCUCCACUCCCGCCGAAAUCUACUACUUUGGGAUAAUGUUUCUCUGGUACGGCGUUUCUUAUCUUCUCGUCUCAUUCAUCACUUCCCGUAUCUACAUGCCCUUCUUCUAUCGCCAAGGCUACACCAGCUCUUACCAAUAUAUCGAGAAGCGAUUUGAUCGGCAAUUCAAACUUAUCCUCUCUGUUGUGUUUACUUUCAACGCUAUCAUUUAUGCUGGCAUCGUCGUGUAUGCUCCCGCUGUCGCCAUCGAGAAAGUGUGUAAUGUUCCGAAAAAUGUGGCCAUCGCUAUCAUGGGAGUUGUUUGUUGCGUCUACACUUCCCUGGGCGGCAUAAAGGCCGUAAUUUGGACGGAUGUUGUCCAGUAUAUUUCCAUGUACGCCGGUUUCAUUGCUCUAAUUUGGAAAGGGUGCAAAGACAUGGGCAUUGAAUUCAUCUAUUCAACGGCGCUCGACAACGGCCGACUUGCAUUCAACGACUUUUCCAUGGACCCUCGAGUCAGACAUUCCGUUCUCUCUACUGUCUUCGGUGCCACCUUCGGCGUUUGGCUUGGGGUUUACGGGACAAACCAAUCAAACAUCCAAAGAUACAUCUGCUGCAAAUCCGAGGGAACUGCACGAAAAGCUAUUUGGUUGAACUCCUUUGCGCUGAUUGCCAUCAACGUAACGGCCGCUUUCUCUGGACUGAUCAUGUUUGCCUAUUAUGUCGGUUGUGACCCUCUAGCAGCGGGGGUAAUCGAGCAAAAAGACCAGCUUGUGCCAUACAUGGUCAUGCAGAAAUUGGCUGAAUACAAGGGGCUCCCGGGCCUUUUCCUAGCUUCAGCCACAUCUGGCACACUCUCUACUGUAUCUAGCGGUAUAAACGGCGUAUGUGCUGUUCUUAUCGACGAGCUGAAGGGCAAUUUCCGCGUAAUCCGUCAAAACACUUACGUCUGGUCACGAAUUAUUGUAUUUAUCGCUGGUAUCUUCGUCAUUAUGGCUGCGUAUGGCGCUGACGCUCUUGGAGAAACAGUACUGCAGGCUGCGAUGAGUGUCAACGGAAUCGUCGCUGGACCGACCUUGGGAUUGUUCUCUUUGGGAAUGUUUUGCCCCUGGAUCUCCAAGGCUCCCGCUAAAAUUGGUUAUUUUGCCGGACUUGGACUCGCUAUUUUGUUCUAUGUAAUGGACAAUCCGACGGACGAAUUUACCAAGCCAUUAGCCGUGAACACGAUGCAGUGCUUCAACUUAACUUCACUGCCGGAAUCUCCCCUCAGCACUGCUACAUCCGUUCCUUCGGCUGAAGAGUCAUCAAGCACUUUCCAGAUCUCCUACAUUUUCUUGUCAACGACAGGUCUCUUUACUUGCGUCACCGUUGCAUUGUUGAGUUCCUUCUUUUUCCAAAUGCCUCCACCUGAUCAGCGUGCGCGAUCAUUGUACUCCAGCUUACUCUGGGAUAUUCCUUAUUUCGAAGCAUUCUUUACUGACGACUCUAACUCGCAGAAAGAAAAGCUCUUCCAGGACUCGUCUUCGGACGAGCUCUCGUGUAUAGUUAAGUCAACUCCUUCAUCUCAAAAGCAACAAUUGCUGUGA